AUUCAUCGCCUCACAGUUACAUACAUUAUUACAUACCAUCCACCGAUCAACGAUCCAAGGAAGAAGAUGGGAGUGAACAUGAUGUCGUGGUCGAUGCAGGUGGUGUUGGUGGUGGCGCUGGCGUUUUUGGUGGGUGGUGCAUGGUGCGGUCCUCCCAAGGUUGCCCCGGGCAAGAACAUCACGGCCACCUACGGCAGCGACUGGCUGGAAGCGAAGGCGACAUGGUACGGCAAGCCGACGGGCGCCGGCCCCGACGACAACGGCGGCGCGUGCGGGUACAAGGAUGUGAACAAGGCCCCCUUCAACAGCAUGGGCGCGUGCGGCAACCUCCCCAUCUUCAAAGACGGCCUCGGCUGUGGCUCCUGCUUUGAGAUCAAGUGCGACAAGCCAGCCGAGUGCUCCGGCGAGGCUGUGGUGGUGCACAUCACGGACAUGAACUACGAGCAAAUCGCCGCCUACCACUUCGACCUCGCCGGCACGGCAUUCGGUGCCAUGGCCAAGAAGGGCGAGGAGGAGAAGCUGCGCAAGGCGGGCAUCAUCGACAUGCAAUUCCGCCGGGUCAAGUGCAAGUACGGUGAAAAGGUCACCUUCCACGUGGAGAAGGGGAGCAACCCCAACUACCUGGCAUUGCUGGUCAAGUAUGUCGAUGGCGACGGUGACGUUGUGGGGGUGGACAUCAAGGAGAAGGGUGGCGACGCUUACCAGCCCCUCAAGCACUCCUGGGGCGCUGUUUGGAGGAAGGACAGCGACAAGCCCAUCAAGUUCCCCGUCACUGUCCAAAUCACCACCGAGGGAGGCACCAAGACCGCCUACGAAGACGUCAUCCCCGAAGGAUGGAAGGCCGACACCACGUACACCGCCAAAUAAGCUAUCCAGCAGACCUACCACAGAUCUGGGCUGGGUUGGAUUGGAUCCCAGCUACCCAAGCAAUGCAUUACACUUAUGCAUGCAUUGAUCCAUGCAUAAUAUCUAUUUUUUACUGCUGCUAUUGUGACGAAGACAACGUCCUCCUUCAUCCUCUCCAUAUGUAGCUAGAGCGAGGCUUCCUUCAUCCUUUCCAUAUAUAGCUAGGGCGAGACUCCAUCCGCUUUGUUAUUAUAUUAAAAAAAGAGAAGGGUGAAGAAACAGAGACCGGAUAAAUAAUAAGUAUCUAACGAGAGAUUUGGGAGGCUUUUGUAUGUAAUAAAAGGAGAGCGAGAUAAACAACGGUUGUCCAUAGAUCUCCCAUGUAAUCUCAAUUUUAUCAUGCCUACAUUUUAAGUGAAUACACAUUUUUUUCAAGACUAA